ACUUUCUCAUAAACCUCUACAAGAAACAUCUCCUAAACAUAUACAAUAACACCGCAACAAUGUCUGACAUACAGGUUCCUCCCGCUACCAAAACCAAGGACCUCGGCUUCCUCAGCAAAUCCGCCGUCGACGGCGUCCUCUCCGCCCUGGGCACAAGCAAUGUCUUCCUCACCGAGCUCGGCCACUGGAAGCAAGAGGCCAUCAAGCGCGCGCGCGCCGGCAACGUCUGGAGCCUCGACGCCUUCAUGACGCUGGCGUCGCGGGCGACGGACAUUCUCGGCCGCCACGGCCUGCGGUUCGACCCGGACUUUACCAUGUACGACGUCGGCACGCACAAGGAGGUGGUCCAGGAUCUGCCGGACGACCAGGUGCUGGGCGUGGUGCCGCUGUUUGGCUUCUAUUUCUUUGACAAGGAGAACACGAGGAGCUGGAGCUAUAAUGGCUUGGUCAUCUAUCAGAUGCAUUUGCUGUGCCAGUAUGUUGGCGUGUGAGUUAUAAACUAGAUAUAUUACAUACAUAUUACAUAUUAUAUAUAUUAAAUGCACAUCAAAACGUUACAUAC